AUGGCUAACUGUACCGACGUGGAUAAUGCAGACUGCAUCUUCCUAGUUCUAUGGAUGGCCUCCUCUGAGGUGGACCAGAAGGCCUUGGGCAAUUUCGCGGCCGUCACGGCCCUCGAAAGCCCUUUCUUGUCGGCAAUGCUCUACAAGGUACUGGGUGUGUCGGUCAUGCUUUCCAAGAAACUUGUUCGCGCCCGCCGACUGCGCCGACUCGAUACCACCCGCGAAACCAAGUCGCUUCAGCUCUACCACCACAUCAUAUGGCUGUCGCGCGAAGGCCUCUUCAUAUUGGAAGGAUUCGUCUUACCCCUGGUCGCCGCAUUUGUGGAAUUGAAGGUGCUAUCAUACAAACUCCGCGCCUCGUUCUACCAUAUCUUUGUGCUUUUUCACAAUCGGCCCAUCUUUCUCCCCCCCGACACCCAACUCCCAGCCCAUGCCAUGCGCGACUCAAUAUAUGGCCCGGACUCAUUGACAGCGCUGGGUGGAUUGGCAGCUCAAGAGGCCAAAAACCGUCCACAUCCCCCUGGUCUAGCGCCCGUUCAACCAACCCAGCCUGCCUCCUCCUUCCUCCUCCCCCCGCUCGACUAUACAACGACUGCAACAGCAUGCUUUAACUACGCCGCCCUCCUUGCGGACAAACUGCUUCCAGGCUCACACCCCCUCCGGCUCUCUGUGAAGCUGGAGUAUGCCGCCUACCUCUAUGACUGUCUCCAAGAUCCAAUAUCCUCCCGCCGUCUAGCCAAGCGCGCCAUCGCAGACGUAUACAAUGCCCAAGAAGGCAUGGAUGACGAGAGUUUCGAAGAUGCCGCCGAAAUCGUCGGUGUCCUGGGCAAGAUGGUCAAGCGCGGUGGGAAGCCGGGUAGCAGUACAGCUGGCAGUGCGACCUCUCGCGGCGAGCAGUCUCAGAGUCGCAGCAGUCGCAGCCCAUCGCAUCUGGACACCAGCGUUCCAACCACCAUCUCUCCUGUUUCUGUCACGAAACCUACGCCAGUUCCUUCAAGCAGCGCCGUUACAGCACCCGCUGUACCGAGCGCGAAUAUGAUGAAUCCGAUUUAA